AUGGAUUUCUCCCAGGACGCAGCAGUCAGCACUGAAUUGCAGAAAUCAGGCUUCGAUGUAGAUUGUAUUGGCAGUGUGUCAUGUAUUACAGUCUUCCAGACCCCUUUGCAUGAGUGUAAUAGCAUUAUAUUAUGCUAUGACCAUGCAUCAAUUGUAGCACAGAUUGCCCACACCUGGGCAAUUAGCCAGGGUGGAUUGGGUCAUUCUGUGUCGUUUGGGCCCACAAAAAUUGGUGAUUGCAAACGAGGUGCUUAUCGUGGUGAUGUUAAUUUCAAGAUAUGGAAGGUGGCCAAGGCAGGUUUGACACGGAGCCCCGGGCUUGCAUUCAGCAUAUAUAUAGAUGACGCUCGAGAUCAAGCGCAGCAUCUCUGGAACAUCAUGAAGUCUUUCGUUUUAGGCUGUGUGUUGGUGAGCUUGGCCAUGGCCCUUCCGGGCCUUCGGCUGCGUCGCGACUCCUCGCCGCAGCUGUUCGAAGUGCCCGCCAACACUUCUCUCAUCUUGGGAGGAAUCAACCCCGGCUUCGAUUGUGCCGAACUUCCCUACGGCUACUACGCCGACGAGGCCAACAACUGCGCCAUCUUCCACGUGUGUCUGCCCUACAUCGACCACAACGUGUACAUCUCCCGCCACUUCUCCUUCAUGUGCGCGCCUGGUUCCAUCUUCGACCAGGAGCGCCUCGCAUGCACCCGCCCCGAGUUCGCCCGUCCCUGCGCAGGCGGCGAAGGCUACAGGCGCUCCAACGGCUACUUCGGCCGGAGUGACAUCAACUUCCUCGAGUAGUUAUAGUAUAAUUUAAAAUGUGCAAUUGUUAUGACGGACCCGACUAUUUCAACAGAGGAAGGACUCAUUUUUCGGAUUUUGCAAUGUCACAAUGAGCUCUGUAAAACCCCAACCUUGGAUCUUUCCAUUACAACAGCGCAUAUACAAAUACUCGCGACGAUGCUUAAGUAAAAGAAAUGCUAUGUGAAA